UAGCCAAAUCAAACAAGUUUACCUUUUUUGAUGACUUUUAGACUUUUGUUCUCUCUUAUGUGAUUGUUAACCACAUACUCUUUAUCGCAAGAAAACCUCAUGCAAACCUCAUUGCAUUAACAGUUUAGUCAAACCGCUAAAGUCAUCUGCAUAUUUGUUAUGGACAGAGUUCAUCUAAUAAUCUGCCUGCUGUGGGCAUGUGUAAAUGUGUGCGAUGGUGAGCCAGCCAUGUUUGGGGAGGUGUCUUCUCCACAGUACCCUCAACCCUAUCCAGCAAACCUCCAGAAACAAUGGGACCUGGAGGUGCCACAAGGCUACCAGCUCCAGCUGACGUUCAAUCACCUUGACAUUGAGUCCUCUCCAGACUGUUACUACGAUUCUGUCACUGUUGUGUCUAGUGAGAAGGUUCUGGGGAAGUUCUGUGGCCAGAAUUCCACAGACCGGCUCCAUCCAGGAGACAAACCCAUCUUGGCUCCUGGUAACCGCCUGCAGCUGAUUUUUCAAACGGAUGACUCAAAUCACGAGUCACACUUGGGAUUCACUGCAUUCUACCAGGCUGUUGAUAUAGAUGAGUGUUCCUCUUCCAAUGUGGAAAAUGGUUCACCAUGUUCACAGAUAUGUCUUAACACCCUUGGCUCCUACCUGUGCGCCUGUUACCAUGGUUACACAUUACGGCCUGACCAACGCACCUGCGUCUUGGAGUGUGGAGGUGGGGUGCACAGUGAAUUAGAGGGGACCAUCUCGAGUCCUGGUUUCCCAGACACAUCUCCUCUUGAUCUGGACUGCAUCUACACCAUCUCUGUGCAGCCAGGCUUUAUGAUUACUCUGAACUUCAGCCAGAACUUCCACAUAGAGCAGAUCUACAGUCAAGGAGAGUCCUGCCUCUUCCAUUGGCUGCAAGUGUCUGCCCAAGGAAAAGAGCCUCAAAAAUACUGUGGAGGAAAAAGCCCUGGAGUCCUGAACACGGGCGCUCACUUAGUCCAGCUGGAGUAUCACACCGAUGGAUACGGACAGAGCCAGGGGUGGAGUUUACGUUACACAACGCAGAGGGUACAGUGUCCACAUCCAGGCAGCAUUGGCAAUGGAACGGUCACUCCAAAAUUUGCUCAGUACUUGUACAGAGACUACAUUCAUGUCCGCUGUAACCCAGGAUACAAGCUAAUGAUGGGAGAGGAAGAGAUUUCAGGUUUUAAGUCCAUAUGUGAGAGGAAUGGUCAAUGGCAUUUGACACUGCCGGAGUGCAAGAUUAUUGACUGUGGAGCUCCAAAACCUCUGCUGAAUGGAGUCUUUGAGCGUAUCAGCGGAGAAAACAAUGAAUAUCUUUCAGUCAUAGAGUAUCACUGCAAUGAACCAUACUACAGAUUUCAAGAUACUUCUAAAGUAACAUACAACUGUGCAGUAGACCGAAAAUGGACAGAAGUCAACAACAAUGAUGUUAUUCCUCCUUGUUAUCCUGUGUGUGGAAAGAAUACAGAGGACUCUUUUGGUGGCAGAGUCUUUGGGGGGAAGUCAGCCAGAUUGGGACAGAUUCCCUGGCAGCUCUUUCAUUCCAGUCCCAGAGGUGGUGCAUCUCUGAUCAAUGAUUACUGGGCCCUUACAGCUGCUCAUGUGGUAGAUGGACUUGAAAACACUAACAUGACUUGGCUUGGAGGAAUAAACAAUAUUAAGGACAAAAACCCAGUCACCAUGGAAGCCGAGAAGAUUAUAAUUCACCCAAAUUAUCUGAGGGUUCCUGUGGGUGGUCAUCAAACAAACUAUAGUAAUGACAUUGCACUGAUCAAAAUGUCUGCUAGAGUCCCACUUGGUCCAAACAUCAGGCCAGUGUGUCUGCCAAACAAAACACAUGAACCUGUAAUGGAGGGAAGGAUGGGUACAGUAUCAGGCUUUGGAGGGUUUGAGAGAAACAUUAAAAGUGAAAUUUUACGUUAUGGGCAUAUUCGGGAAUAUCUUUCUAAAGAGUGUGUUUUCGGGGAUCUGCCUGUCACUCAUAACAUGUUCUGUGCUGGAGAUGAUGUUAACCAUGUUGACAGUUGUCAAGGUGACAGUGGGGGUCCUCUAUUCUUCCCGAUGUUGGGCUAUGGAACUAAUGAGCAGCCCUACGAGGUCAGGGGUAUUGUGUCAUGGGGUCCUGCAAGAUGUGGCCAUGUUUCUAAAGGUUACUACACUAAAGUGCAGAACUACCUGGGUUGGAUUGAAGAAACAAUGGCAAAUAAUUAACAGCCGGUGUGCAACAUGGUGAGAAAGCUUUUGAUUAAAAUAAGCCCAUUUUGUCUGUUUGUCUUGUCCAGUUUAUAUAAAUGUUUCAAAAUUAAGCAAAGAGGAUGAUCUCAUAACUUUGUAUCGCUUUGCAGGGGGAAAAAAAUUACCCAAAGUCUCAACUGGUUAUGUAACUGACUUUGCAAUUAUCAUUCAUCAUCAAAGCAAGGGAUUCUUAUAUGCUACACAUGUCAGAUUAUCUCUUUUGUAUUCAUAUUGCAUGUAAUUAAUAUUUUCACACACCACCUUCUGCAGCCUAAUAAUAAAUGAUUGUAAAGUAUACAAUAUGCUAAUGUUGUCCUCUGGAAGACAAUAAAAAUAAAUAAAUAACAAACCUCUCACUGAA